CCUACUUUAUUUACCCACUGUCUACCGCUCUUGACACAUUCGCGUGCCCAUAAUGGCUUUUCUACAAUUUUUAGCCUUCUUUGCAGUCACCUUCGUGGCGGUUACAGCCAAUCCCACGGGACGUGUAGUGGGUGGCUUCGACGCGGUUUCAGCACAAUUCCCACAUCAAAUUUCACUACGUAGGGAACAUCGCCACACUUGCGGCGGUUCGAUCAUCGCUUCCAAUUACAUAUUGACAGCAGCGCAUUGUGUGGUCGAAAGUGGCACAACACCUUAUGAUGCUAAAUAUUUCACCAUACGUGCUGGCACCCACAACCGCAUUGCCGGCGGCGUCAUCGUGCAAGUGAAGCGCGUCGUAGUCCAUCAGGGUUAUGCUAGCGUCGAAAAUGAUUUGGCUUUGUUGGAGUUGGAGGAGCCUUUGACAUUCUCAUCGAAAAUCCAAGCAAUUCCGUUGUCCACCGGUGAAGUGCCCUCUGGUGCUGAAGUUAUCAUUUCCGGUUGGGGUCUUACCGAGAAUAAUGGUGACACUUUGCCCAUUCUAAUGCAAUGGAAUACCGUUUCAGCGCUUAGCAAGCGUGAAUGUUUCCGUAAGAUUUUGAUGUCUUCUGAUGCUCUGUUGUGUUUGAAUCAUCCUAGAGGCGCAGGUGCUUGCAAUGGUGACUCUGGCGGUCCGGCAACAUACAAUGGUGAAUUGGUGGGAGUUGCUGGUUUCGUCGUCAUUGGUUGUGGUACGUCGCGUCCCGACGGUUAUGCUAAGGUAUUCUAUAAUCUCGAUUGGAUUCACGAAAAUAUGAUAUACGGUAUGUCGAGAAUAUCCUUCCAAAUCCUAUUUUGCCUUGGGCUAAUCGCCUGGGUGAGCGCGAAACCGCAAGCUAGUGGACGUAUCGUCGGUGGUGAGUAUUCAGCUGAAGGAUCGUUCCCCUACCAAGUGUCGUUACGUUAUGACGGUUCACAUACUUGCGGCGCUUCGAUCAUCAGCCGACGUUACGUGCUAUCGGCGGCGCACUGUGUAGGCGAUGAGGAUUAUGAUGGCAAUUAUUUUGUUUAUCCAGCUGAACAUUUCACCAUACGUGCCGGCUCCACUGAUCGUCUGCUUGGCGGUGUGCUCACAAAGGUCACGGAUAUUGUUGUGAAUGAAAAUUAUGCCAACUUUUUGCACGAUCUUGCCGUACUCACUUUGGAAACACCACUAAUUUUCUCCAAAAAUAUACAGGCAAUCCCAUUGGCAAGUGCUGAGGUGCCAACCGGUGGAAGUGUUAUCAUUUCCGGUUGGGGCUAUACGGCGACCAAUGCUUAUGCGCCUAACAAGUUAAAAUGGAACACUGUUCAAACUCUGUCGAGAUUAUCGUGCUUAACUAGAAUCGGUAUGGCUAGUGAUGCGCUGCUCUGUUUGGGACAUCCGGUGGAUAAUGGCGCUUGCUUUGGUGAUUCCGGCGGUCCGGCUACAUACCAAGGUGAACUGGUGGGUGUGGCUAGUUUUGUGGUAAGUGGUUGUGGUAGCGAAUAUCCAGAUGGUUACGCGAAGGUUUUCAAGCAUUUGGAUUGGAUUAAGGAGCACUCAGAUUUGUGAGCUUUGAACUGGGUUGGGACACUAUGUUUUAAGUAAUUUUUGUACUUUUAUUGUGGAAUUAAAAGUUGUUUUAAAUUAAAAUAA